AUGUAAACCUUGAAUGGUUCAAACUUAAACAGGUUUUACUAUUUUUAAUUGAUAUUUUAAUUAUCAAAUAAACAUAACAGUCUUACAGCUUAAUUUACAAUAUAAUUUUGUUUAUAAUAAACUUAAUAUUAAUUAUUUUUGGAUUCUAUGACAUCAAAUGUGUGUGGAUCAAGUUAAUACUCACUAUUCCAAGGUGCCAAUACCCUUAAAUGUCUAAACAUUAAAGAUUUUUGUGGAUCGUAUUCCUAAUGUCUUUAAGUAAAUGAUUAAAUUGGGGCAAUGGGUUAUGGAUGUUGCAGAGAAGAUUAUCUUUACCCAAGAGCGGCCAACAUCAUCGUUUAUAUUCUAAUCAUUCCAAUAAUUGGGAUAGGCAGUUUAGGAGCUUUGGGAGGUAGAAUCGUUAAUUAAGCAUUAGGUGGUGUGGUGAAGAGGCCAUUUUUGGAGGCUGUUCUAAAUUUCAAUUCAGGUCUUUCAGGAAACAUUACUGCGUGUCUUAUGUUUGGAGCCCAAUUAGUUAAUCAGAUAAUUAUCACAUUCUAGAAACAUCCCUACCACCCUUAGCGUCCAGCUGUCAACUAUGAGGUCGGGAUGAUUUAUGCCUUGGCCAUUCCACUUUCUAUGCAAUUUGGAUAGGAAUUAGCAAGCUACAUGCCGCUAUUACCAGUUUUAACUAUAUAGAUGAUGUUUUUCAUUGUCAUUCUUCCAAUUUGCCUAUUGUACGCAAAAAGACAAGAAGUAGUUGAAUAAGAAUUAGAGGAAGAUUACACUGAUUCUCAUAUUUCUAUGACAACUGCUUUUAAAGGCUCAAUUCAAGAUGAAGCUUAGGCUGCCUUAGUGUAUAAAUAGUUUCUAGAUGAAUCUCAUUAAAUCCUACCUCUCUUACCCAUCCUUAUUGCCAUUGGAAGUUUCGCAGCUAACGAAGCAGUGAUUCUUUCUAGAACAACGCUUUAUUAGACAUCGCCUUAUUACCCAAAGAGAUCUUCAAAUUAAAAACUAGAUCCAUGCGAUCCUUGGAAUUUCUAUAUGAUGAUUGUAUUAUUUGCAGUGAACAUUUUCAUUACUGGAUUAACCUUAUUGUAUUUCAGAUACAAAGAACAAAUUAAGGACAAUGUGAGGUACAAAUUAAAGGAAAGAUACUUUACUCCAACCAGAAGGUUCUUUAAAAUAUACGGAGCUGGAUGUGCUACUGGUUUUAUAGCAGGAUUUUUAGGCAUGGCAGCAGGUUUAACGAUGUUUGUUACAAUGGUAUAAUUUGGUUUGGUUGCUGCUUCUGCAGGGGCAACAGCAAAUUACGGUUAUUUUAUUGUGUGUCUACAAGUAUUUGUAUCAUUCAUGGUCAGCGACUCUGGAAUGCCAAUUGGUGAUCAGUUUUUCUUUUACGGAAUAGGGAUUUUAGGUGUCUUGAUAUUCACCAACCUAGGCUAUUACUACAUUAAUAAAUAUAAAAUAGGGCAUAUAUUAUUUUAUAUUGAUUUUGCCAUUGUAGUCUUAAACAUAGCUGGUAACAUUGCAUGGGGAGUAGAAUAAAAUCAUAGAUAAGGUUUUAAUUCUAUAGUCGAUAUCAAUCAAUCCUUUUAUUAUUAAUAAUAUUUACUAUCAUUUUUUAGAAUUUCAAUGAACUAAUGCUUAAUAUGUUUCGAAGACACUGAGUUUAGUCUCAAUUGUUAACAUUACUAUUGUUUGAAAUGUCUAGUUAACAUGAUUUAAGUGAAACUUAAGGCAUUAUAACUAACAUCAGAUGAUUAUAAAUGUCCAGAAUGCAAAUUCAAGUUUUCUGUUGAAGUCUUCAAAAACACAGAAAUCUAUAAUGAUUUAAUAGAAUAUUCUUUAAAACAUAAUUGCAUCGAAAACUUAAAUGAUGAUGAAAUGAUUGUCGACUGUGGUCAUGAUGAUUGCAAUAAUAAGUUUAUUGUUAGCAAAAAUGCUAGUAAAUAUUGUUUUCAUUUAGAAUAUUCCAGAUGUCCUGUUUGUAAAUAAAUUUAUUGCUUGAAUUGUCGUAAACCAUAUGAAUCUAAGUGUUGCCAAUAAGCUAUCACUGGAAAGUGUCCUAGAUGCAAGAUAAAGGUUUUUAAAGAGGAAGGGUGUAAUUUUUUGAAAUGCCAGUCCCAAUAUUGCAAAGGAUAGGUCUACUUCUGCGGAAUAUGUUUUCUCAUUUUAAAAAAGGAAGAUCAUUACUCACAUUUUAUUGAUAAUAAUCCCUAUAAUGCUUGUAGAAUAGGCAAAAUCAAACCGAAUAAGUAGAAAUGUCCUGGAUGCUUAACAUUAAAUCCAUUGCAAUGCUAAAUUAUUGAAAAUUUAAAUUAAUGCUAUUGUAAGAGUAAUGUUUGUAAAGAGAGUCUGUACUGCUUAAGUUGUUCAAAGAAGAUCUAGAAGAAUGAAGCUCAUGAGUGCAAGCAAUGUUCUAUUAUGUGA